AAGACUCAUUUUAUUCCACAUUCUCAUAGUUGUACUCUACACACUUUCAUAUUUCUCUCAAAAAAACACCAUUAUCUUCAUUCAUUUCUUCUUCAUUGUUUUUCUAUCUGCUUGAAAUUUUUCAUAAUGGCCGCUGAACAAAUUCUUGUUAACGGGGUCACUGAGAUCAUUAACAAGGUAUUACCUGUUAUUACUCAACAGAUUUCUUCGGCAUGGGGUGUAAAAGACGACUUACGAAAGCUCAAGGAUACCCUCGAGUCAAUUCAAGCUCUAAUGUCUGAUGCCGAGAAGAAACAAGUAAAUUAUGAUACUGUGAGACUUUGGUUGAGAAGGCUUAAAGAUGUUGUUUAUGAUGCUGACGAUGUUUUGGAUGAGUUUGCUUAUGAAGUCAUGCGUCGUGAUGCAGUGGGAGGCAAACUUAAACACAAGGUACGAGACUUUGUCUCACCCUCCAACCCACUAGUAUUCCAUUUCAAGAUGUCUCGUCAAAUCAGGGGAAUCAAUGCAAAAUUAGAUGAAAUCUACAAUGAAAAUGUUAGGUAUUCGUUAAAUGCUAGUGGUUUUCGUGAUAAUCAAACUACAGAGCAAGGUAACCGUCUAACAUAUUCGGUGGUAGAUGAUACUUCACUUCUAGGGAGGGAUGAUGCAAAAGCAGAGAUAAUAAAUAUACUGUCUGACAAAUUGUUACCACCCUCGUCAUCAUCGUUUAAUUCUUCUCAGCAAGACAAAAUUUCCACAGUGUCGAUCGUGGGUAUGGGUGGACUUGGCAAGACUUCACUAGCUCAGCUGGUCUACAAUGAUGAGUCCAUAGGAAAUUACUUCGAACUAAAGAUGUGGGUUUGCAUAUCUGAUGAUUUCGAUGUCUCUCGGAUUUUAAAAAAUAUCUUAGAGUCCAUUACCGGAGGUGCAUGUGGUGAUCUAUCAAAUCUUGAUGUCCUGGCGAAUAAGGUUAUGGAAAGCCUGACUGGUAAAAAAUAUCUGCUUGUUUUGGACGACUUGUGGAAUGAGGAUGCCCAAGAUUGGGAGAAAUUAAAAAAUGUCCUUGUUUUUGGCGGCUUCGGCAGCAAAGUAUUAGUCACUACACGUAAUCAAAAGGUUGCGGAUACAGUUGGAGGUAUAGUUCACAAUUUGAAAAAAUUAUCAGAUCAUGUUUGUUGGUCUAUUAUCGAGAAGAAAGUAUUGUCUCAGGGUGGAGCAGUAUUGACCUCCGAAAUGAUAAAAAUUGGCAAGGAUAUAGCGGGAAAAUGUGAUGGUCUACCACUUGCAGCAAAGUCUCUCGGAAGUUUAAUGUGUUCAAAAAGAAAUCAAAGUUAUUGGUUGUCAAUCGCAAACAAUAAUGAUUUGUGGAGUGCAGAAGAACAUAAAAAGGUCAUAUCAAUAUUAAAGUUGAGCUAUGACAAUCUACCUGCGCCUUUGAAGCAAUGUUUUUCUUACUGUUGUUUAUUUCCCAAAGACUGGGAAAUAAAUAGAGAAAUGUUAAUUCGACUAUGGAUGGCAGAAGGAUUCCUUGUGCAAUCUAGUGGAGGACUUGAAGAUAUAGGGAAUGAAUAUUUUGAGUAUUUGGUAUGGAGUUCAUUCUUCCAAGAUGUGGUGAGGGAUGAAGAAUUGGGUGACAUUACAACAUGUAAGAUGCAUGAUCUGGUGCAUGAUCUUGCAUUGAGCAUUACAGAUUGUAACGAAUUCGUAAUUGGAGACGGUAAAAGAUACGGGAAGGAAGAAAUUUCACAAGUUCGUCGUUUACGACUGCCAUUUGAUGAACAAGGGGGGUUUUCAUCUGAUAAGUUGCGCACUAUUAUUGCUACUGCCUCAUGGGAUUUUCGGCAUAUUGAUUCUUUUCUUCCUCAUAAGCGUUUACGAAUAUUAUGCCUGCUCAGCGUCUGGGAUUCAUGGUCACUCCCUUCUUCGAUUUCUAAGCUGAAGCAUCUGAGGUACCUUGACUUCUCAUGCGUCGAUUCAUUUCCUAAGGUGUCUUUAGAUAAUUCAUACAAUUUGCAAACACUUAUACUGCAUCAAUGUAGAAACGUUCCCAACUGGCUUCUUAGUAAAAUUGAAACUUUGAAGAAAUUGAGGCAUCUUGAUAUCUCGAAGUCGGAUAUUAAAUCUAUUCCCGAUAACAUUGGGUCCUUAAAACAUCUAAGUUUUCUUGAUCUUUCGGAUACAGAAAUCUCUAAGUUACCGGAUUCAAUCACUUGUAUCAGCAGUUUAAGGACGUUGGAGUUCCGUAAAUGUCAUAAUUUAGAUGCCUUACCUAGUGAACUAGGAGCAUUAACGCAAUUAAGGUGUCUUGAUUUUAAAGGUACUUCCAUCAAAAUAUUGCCUGAAUCAUGUAUUAGCAACCUCAGCAAUUUGGAGAUGGUGAAAUUAGGAGAGAACUGUAAACUUCCCAAGGAAAUCAAGAAUUGGCCGAGAUUGAGAAUUUUUACUCACGGGAGAUUUGAUGAUGUUAUGCCUAGAGGUAUAGAAAGGCUCACUUGCCUGGAAAAAUUAGAGGAUUACAUGGUUAGAAAAGAAAAUGAGAUCUGUGGAAGUUCCGGUAAUAAUGGCAUUGAAGAGUUGGCAGGCUUAAACCUCCUUCAGGUGUUAUGUAUAAGAAAUCUGGAGAAUUUGAGCGGUGGAAAACAAGGCGCAGAAACAGCAAAUUUAAAAGACAAGCAACACCUUCGCAAGUUAGUUCUGAAAUGGGGUUCGACUGGCGAUGAUGAAGAAGUGCGGAAUAGCAGAAGUGUGAAUGAUACUACGGUGUUGGACGGUCUCCAGCCUCACUUAAAUUUAAAGAAAUUGAAAAUAGAUGGAUUCUCAGGUGUAAAGCUUCCAAAGUGGAUGAUUGGUUGUUCAUUAUCAAACUGCCUUCCGAAUUUGGUGGAAUUAGAAUUGUACUUGGAUAAUUGUGAGAAGCUUCCAGCGUUAGGUAUGCUCCCAUUUCUUAGGGUUCUUUUUAUUUUGGGAAUGAGAUCAAUCAAGUGUUUGGGCGAAGAAUUUUAUCAUCAACAAGGAAACAGUAAUGCUUCAAAGAUAUCUUCAUUAUUCCCUUCGUUAGUUAAAUUGUGGAUAGUUGGAUUGGAAAACUUAGAAGAAUGGGUUGCUCCUCUUUCUUCUUAUUCUUCUUGUUUCCCUGCACUUGAGACGCUGAUUUUAGUUAACUGUAAAAGAUUGAGAAGAACACCACCGAUAAUUUUGUUUUCUUCUCUUAAGGAAUUGAUGUUAUUGGGUACCAAUGACAAUGCAGUGAACUCAUUACUCAAUAUAGGAGUAGAAGAAGGAUGUCUGCCCUCUCUCACAUCCAUUGAAAUAUGGGAAUCUCCAGAUCUAAUAUAUUUACCACCGCUGGGCGAUCUACUCCAAAUCAGUACUUCGAAUUUUAGGUCCCUUAAAAUUAGGGAUUGCUCAAAUUUUCAAGGUUUUCGUGAUGAUGGUGAUAAUCGAAACAACAACAACAACACUUCUUUUCAGUCGCUGAGGAUAUAUGAUUGCCCUGUCUUGGCGUCUCUACCAGAUUUGCAAUUAUGUACUUCUAUUCGUUCACUGUUGUUAUACCAUUGUCCUGUUUUAACAUCUCUACCGGAUUUACGAUUAUGCACUUCUCUCCGGGAAUUAACUAUCUGGAAAUGCGACAAACUGAAUAAGGAGUCAAUCCCCUAUGAUCUCAAGAAGUCCCUCACGUUUCUUGAAGAUCUGAGAGUUGAUUUCAUUCAAAGAGACGAGGGCGGUCCGGAUGUAUCUGAUUGGUGGGAGUUAACUAAUUUGAUGGAGAAGGAGUAGAUCUGCUUGCUACAGUUCAUCUUUUCUAUCACCAACAGCCAACAGGUUGGUAGGAAUUACUUCAUAGCUUCGUUUGAAAUGAUAUGGAAUGUUCGAUCGAAGAUGAGAAAACAACUAGCAAUCGGUCAUCCUUCUUAAUUUUCCUAUGAAAGAUCGUUCGGCCAGUACUUCAUUUCAAAGAAUUCGAGUCAGGUUUUGCAAAAAAUGAUGAGCCAUGGCUGCCAAAGAAUAAUUUUCAGGCAACUUGUACCAUUGAUGGCAAGAUUUUUCGUAUGAUAAUUGAUUCGGAUAGUUGUGAGAAUGUGAUGUCGGAAGAAGCCGUUCGUAAGUUGAAGCUACAGACUGAAAAUCACCCUCAUCUCUACUCUCUUCAUUGGCUUAGUAAUGGUUCAGAGGUAACGGUAUCUAAAUGUUGUGUUGUGAAAUUUUUCAUUGGCUCUUUGUACCAAGAUAGUGUUUGGUGUGAUGUUAUCGUAAUGGAUGCUUGUCAUGUAAGAAUAUUUCUAUACACAAAAAUAUUCCAUUGAGCCAUGUAAUAAUUUUGGUUAAUUAUGAAUUAUUGCUAAAUUAUGACAGUUACCAUUUAUGAGAUUA